CUGAGAUGUCUUAUUAUGGGCCUUUGAACCUCCUCACCCCACACAUCACACACUGAUCCAUUCACCGAACUGAAGAUGCGGUGGCUAUUAUUCGGUAGAUCAAGGAGGAAAACGGCGUCGUUACACUGUCUUCUCAUCGCAUCUGCAACUUUCACCGGCAUCGGAAUCUUACUCCUCACUCUCCGUUCACUCGACGAUCCGUCAGUAUCCACCGCACAAAACCUAACGGAAACCGUCACGCAACAGGCGGAACAAUCUCAAACAUCCACGCCAAGCAAACGGUGUGCUACGGUGGAAGAGAUGGGAGAUGAGUUCCGAGGUGGAUUCGUUCAGCAGAGUCUCCGAGUUAGAGAUAUUAUUCGGCGUCACUCCGAUGUUAACGGUGCUGCGAGAGUUCGAAGUCUUCCUCCAGAGGAGUUCUGCAGACAAGGUUUUGUGAUAGCAAAAGCAUCAGAAGCAGGUUUUGGGAAUGAAAUGUACAAGAUCCUAACUGCAGCAGCAUUGAGUGUAAUGCUGAACCGGUCACUGAUAAUCGGACAAACCAGGGGCAAAUAUCCGUUUGGGGAGUAUAUAUCAUAUACCAGUACUGCUUUUUCCCUGAAUGAGGUCAAACAUCUGUGGAGACGAAACGGAUGUUUGACCACCUAUGGCAGACAUCUGGUUAUAAGAAUUGACGAUUUUCAAAAGCCGUUGAAGACGAAUGUUCUCUGUAGCAAUUGGAUUGAGUGGCAAGAGCCUAUAAUAUGGUUCCAGAAUACUACAGAUGCAGUGGCAGCUCAAUUCUUUUUAAAGAAUGUUCACGUUGAGAUGAGAAAGGCGGCUUCUGAGCUCUUCGGGCCAGCCCAAGACCAUAACAGGCCCAACGUAUUUGGGGAGUUGAUGAGAAUUCUCAUAUCUCCUACAGAGAAAGUAAAGCAGGCAGUAGAUUCAGUUCUUAGUGGCGGGUCAGAUCCCGAUAUUACUUUGCACAUGCGGAUGCUUAUGAACAGAUCUGUGAGGGCAUUGCAGGCAGCAUUAGAUUGUACAAAGAAAGUCAUGCAGAAUAUAGAAUUUGGUUACAGACCUAAGUUGGUUUUAGUUUCAGACACCCCAUCACUGGUAGACGAUGUGAAAUCAAAUUUUGAUAGAUUUGCGGAGGUUGUUCAUUUCAACUAUGAAAGCUUUGAAGGAGAAAUAUCUGACCAAAAUGGGUUGCAUAGUUUGGAUUUUAGAACAAAAGAUUGGGGCCCAGCACCUAGAUGGGUUGCGUUUGUUGACUUUUUUCUAGCAUCACGUGCACGGCAUGCGGUUGUUUCUGGGGCCCACAGGCGUGUCGGAACAACCUAUGUGCAGUUAAUCGCAGCUCUGGCUGCUGCAAAUUCAGCUGGUGGUAAUUCAAGCUUUUCGUUCUUCAGUAGCUUUCAGAGUAGUCUAGUUUCAGAAGGGUUGAGUAGUCAGGUAGGAUGGGGACAUGUUUGGAACCGAUUUUCAGGCCCGUUAAGUUGCGGUAACCAAACGAGUCAAUGUGCUUACACGCCAUUGUUGCCACCAGCUUGGUGGGACGGCAUGUGGCAAUCGCCAACUCGUCGGGAUAUUCGCAGGAUGGAAGGUUAUGGUAUUCAAUUAUCAGGAUUCGGAACAGUUGAUGAAGAUCAGCUUGCUUCUUUCUGUAGCUCAAGGAAAGAAGUUGGGAAAUUCAUUACACUUGUAUAAAAGUAUACAUAUAUUCCGUAGUUAUUAGCUAAGAGAGGACCCAGGUCUCGGGGGUAUUCGGUAUUCGAUUCGUUUAAAUUCAAAUUUUAAUAUUUUUGUCAUGUAUAAAACUAUGCAUGAUGAUGUUGUGUGAUCAUAGUUUGAGACUUGAAUUGAAUGUAGUGAUAGAUGAAGGCUCGGAGAUGAUGUCCAACUGUUCGUUUAAAUGUCAACAAGGACGGCCAGGAUUAAUAGUUUUAGUGACAUGCCAAACAAUGUAUUGAAAGAGAUUUAUAUUCAAGGGGACCCGAGUUUUUCA